AUUUUCUCUCUCUUCUCUCUUUUUCUCCCAAUUUCCUCUAUCACCUUCAUAUAGACGUUACACUAUCUCCCUCUCUCCGACUUUCUCUGACUCCUGCAAAUUAACAGCCACUUCUCUUCGUCUUCCUUCUCCGUGUCUCUAUCUCUUUCUCCCUAUUUCCUUUCUCAAAUUUACUGCCCUGGGAUUUACUUCUCAGCCGUUACACCCUCUCCCUCUCUCCUACUUUCUCUCCCUUUUUUCUCUCUGUCUCUGUCUCCUGCAAAUUCAGAGAAGAGCACACCACCCCCUUCACCGUCCCCCUCUAAAUCUCUUUCUCCCCAAAUUUAUUUAAUUACAUGUAUUCAAUUACAAAAGUUUAAUAGUUUCGUUGGAACUCAUCAAGCCUCCAAUUACUUUCACCUGUCGAAAUUCCUCCAAAUUAUGGCAAAUACCUUGUUUGGGAGGAAGCAAAAUGACGGGACGCCACCAGGGAAUUCUGUCAUGGCUAAAGAACAAGAUGGUUGACUUGAAUUCUUGUGCCUCUAAUUCCAUGAUUGCUUUGUUGAGGUUUUCUCCUUUUCUUGAUUUCAAUCUUCAUUCGAUUAGGAUUUUGUUAUUUUAUUUGUGUGCUCAAUGGUUGUUGUGCUUCAAGCAUAUCCUCUAUUCUUUGUUAUAUUUGCUUUGUUAAUUAGUUUUCUUGAUUCUGGUUUUGGGGUUGGAU